CGAUUGCGGAAUCAUCUUGUCAUUAAUCGAUAUUUGAGGAUGAUAUUUUCAGGAUCAAUUCAUCGGUGUUACAGAUGCGGACAAUUUUACACCUGGCUGGAAAGUCUGAGAAAGCUUAUGUGUACCAAGUGUGUGGUUUAUUAUCGAGUCAACAGUAUUCGUAUUAUUCGCACAAAUCGAGGCAAAACAGGAAUGAUGCUACAAAAAGUGUCAAGUACCCGUGCCAAUGGUGCGGACGAAACUUCUCGUGGCCGUCGAGUCUACGUCUACACCAGAAAAUGGCGUGCGGUAAACCGCCGAAUUUCUACUGCACCAUCUGCGAUUACAAGUCGAACUUCAAGGGCAACCUCAAGAGGCACCUGUUUUGCAAGCACAAUAUAGAUUUGUAUUGAUGCACGCGCGCGACUAGAU